AUGAAGAUGGCAUUCGUGAAGGGCAAUCCAUUCCAUGUCGACGACGGCCAUGAUUCCUUCUUCUACACCUUCAACAAAUAUGGAAAAUUGAAAAACUCGAUGCUGCAAAUUUCAAAUUUACGAAAAAAUCCAAAAGGAGGUCUAUACUGGGACAAGGUAGUCACUCUUCAUGAACCGCCAUUUAUUAUCGUAUCUGAUGUCGAUCCGGAUACAGGACGAUGUCCUGGAAAUCAGGGUAGUAUCUGUGAUUGGGGUGAUGAAGAAAUUGACGUACCUGGCGAGGGAAUGAAGAAUCACACUCUAUGGAAGUGCUGCUCUGGCUACUGCGUUGAUUUAUUAAACAAAUUGGCCAACGAUAUCGGUUUCACCUAUACGCUUUACAAAGUCCGGGACGAAAAAUGGGGUCUGAAAACGGAGAAUGGUUGGAAUGGUCUCAUCGCUGAUCUGAUCAACAACAAAGCUGACAUGUGCGUUACAUCCCUGAAGCUGAACUCUGAACGUGCUCGAGAUAUCGAUUUCUCGCUACCGUUUCUUGAGACUGGAAUCGCUAUCAUUGUAAAAAUCAGGAGUGGAGUACUAUCACCUACAGCGUUUCUAGAACCAUUCGAAUAUUCAACAUGGGUGAUCAUCCUGCUAGUGUCGAUUCAAGGAGCUGCUCUAUCCAUUUUCAUUUUUGAAUGGGUUAGCCCAUACUCAUUCAAUAUGGGAAAGUAUCCACCUCCAGGUGAAUCGGCUCAUUUUAGCAAUGUCCUUCUUGACAGAAUAAUAACUGAACUACUGUUUACUGUUUACAAGUCUUACUGUUUGCUAGUCGCCCCCAUGAAAAGGCUGAACAGCCGCUUUUAG